CCCACCCCCCUGCAUUGGGAGCGCGGCAUCUUACCCACUGGACCACCAAGGAAGUCCCCAACAGUAUGUUCUUCUAAUUGUGCGAAAGGAUCACCUGAUGCCCUUGACUAGAAUGCAGAUUCUAGUAUCCCACAUAAUUCAGUUGAGGUGGUCUGACAUGUGGCAUUAAAAUAAAAUCACCCAAAUGAGAACGGAGGCCAUUUAUUCAGAUCUUGCUAUAGCAAGAGAGUCAGGACCAUCAUUUGCCUUUGAUAGAAGCUCAAAGGCAGAUAGGGGAGCGGGAAAGCUUUAUAGAAGUGGAAAAAAGGGGAAGGUCUCAGGUAUACGUUGGAGGUUGUUGGCCUGGGAAAGCUGGAGUCCAGCUACUAGAAUCAGAGUAUUUUAUGUGAUUGGUAUGGGGAGCAUAUUUGGCUUUCUCUGACUGGUCCCAAGUUGAAAGUAGGGGUAAAAAUAGGGAAGUUGGCAGUCAUUGACCACCUCCUUACUGUUCUGGUGCAAUUGCUGCAGAAGUUGUGGUUUGGCUUCCUGGACUUCUUAUGUGGUUCAGAGUUCUUUUGUCAUAUACAGUCUGGCCAUUGUCUGUUUGUAUAUUGUCUCUCAGACCAUAUUCUGAGAAACACACUGGGCCUCUGGUGUUCCUUUCAUCCUGGUCUCCUUCCUCCCUUAAGCUGGCUAGACUAUAAACUCCGCGCGAGCUAUGGACCAUCUUUCACCACGCUAUUACCAGUGCCUAGGCACUCAGUAAAAUCUUGCAUAUGAAUGAAUGGUAAAUGAAAAUAUUUGAUAUUGCCUUUUGUAGGAACAAGAACAUGAACUUUGUGGUGUAGCAUAUGUACGUCUUGGACUGGCUGCCACCAGGAAGAAAGGCUGGAGGCUGCUCCUUCCAGCUACUCUGUUCUAAAUACUGUAACCUGAAUCCCUGGCCCUGGCUGCUCUCAGUUUUUCUGAAAGCUCCAAGUUAACCCACAGUGUACACAUCAGGCCCAGGGGCUUCCCCAGCACUCCUCCAGAGUGCUCUGCUGGGGGCAGGAUGGAGUUCGUGGGAAAGCGGCAACUACUUCUAGCAUUUUGAAGGCAACCUGAACCCCAGACCUUUAAGUUUGCUGCAUUCUCUCCAACCCCGACCCCCAAUUCCACUCCACCAUUAGGGCCUGGGCUGGGGAGAGCUACUGAAAGAGGGAAAAGGGGGCCCCCCAGCCCCCAUAUAUGGUCCUAAUUCAGGACUUAGAGCGUUUGUCUAGAGAGAAAACGCUCGGCAGUGUCUGUGUGUGGGGUGGGGAUGGGGGACAGGUCCCGGGAGAAGUGCAGAAGCUAGCAGCGCGGGCGGUCUCCUCCGGGAAGCCGUCCCACCUGCUGCCUGGGAGCCCGCCGGGGAGGGGCCGCAGCCACGCACCCGCGCGCCCAGCCGGCCCUGCCCGCAGCGCGGCCCCGCCAGCCGGGAGUUCCCGCGAGCUGCCCCGCGCCCCAGGCGCGUGGGGGGCCGUUCGGUUGGAGGCGGGGAGCAGCCGGGGCACCAAAAUAGGAGCCGCUUGUGGGCUGGAGCUGCACUAGCAGGCAGCCUCCGCCGCGCCUCUUCCAAAGAUGGUCAGAGGGUCCGGAGGCGCCCCCGCCCCCGCUCGCCGCUAGCCCGCGGGCCCGCAGCGCGACCCGGAGCCGCCGCGGGAGCCAUGGCUCUAAAAGGACAAGAAGAUUAUAUUUACCUUUUCAAGGAUUCGACACAUCCAGUGGAUUUUCUGGAUGCAUUCAAAACAUUUUACUUGGAUGGAUUAUUUACUGAUAUUACCCUUCAGUGUCCUUCAGGCAUAAUCUUCCAUUGUCACCGAGCUGUUUUAGCUGCUUGCAGCAAUUAUUUUAAAGCAAUGUUCACAGCUGACAUGAAAGAAAAAUUUAAAAAUAAAAUUAAAAUCUCUGGCAUCCAACAUGAUAUCUUGGAAGGCCUUGUAAAUUAUGCGUACACGUCCCAAAUUGAGAUAACUAAAAGAAAUGUUCAAAGCCUGCUUGAAGCAGCAGAUCUGCUACAAUUCCUUUCAGUAAAGAAAGCAUGUGAGCAGUUUUUGGUAAGGCACUUGGAUAUUGAUAAUUGUAUUGGAAUGCACUCCUUUGCAGAAUUUCACGUGUGUCCAGAACUAGAGAAGGAAUCUCGAAGAAUUCUAUGCUCAAGGUUUAAGGAAGUAUGGCAACAAGAAGAAUUUCUGGAAAUAAGCCUUGAAAAGUUUCUCUUUAUCUUGUCCAGAAAGAAUCUCAGUGUUUGGAAAGAAGAAGCUGUCAUAGAGCCAGUUAUCAAGUGGACUGCUCAUGAUGUAGAAAAUCGAAUUGAGUGCCUGUAUAAUCUACUAAGCUAUAUCAACAUAGAUAUAGAUCCAGUGUAUUUAAAAACAGCUUUGGGCCUUCAAAGAAGCUGCCUGUUAACCGAAAAUAAGAUCCGAUCUCUCAUAUACAAUGCUUUGAAUCCCAUGCAUAAAGAGAUUUCUCAGAGGUCCACAGCCACAAUGUAUAUCAUUGGAGGCUAUUACUGGCAUCCUUUAUCAGAGGUGCACGUAUGGGAUCCUUUGACAAAUGUUUGGAUCCAGGGAGCAGAAAUACCAGAUUACACUAGGGAGAGCUAUGGUGUUACAUGUUUGGGACCCAAUAUUUAUGUAACUGGAGGUUACAGAACGGAUAACAUAGAAGCUCUUGACACAGUGUGGAUCUAUAACAGUGAAAGUGAUGAAUGGACAGAAGGUUUGCCAAUGCUCAAUGCCAGGUAUUACCACUGUGCAGUCACCUUGGGUGGCUGUGUCUAUGCUUUAGGUGGUUACAGAAAAGGGGCUCCAGCAGAAGAGGCCGAGUUCUAUGAUCCAUUAAAGGAGAAAUGGAUUCCUAUUGCAAACAUGAUUAAAGGCGUGGGAAAUGCUACUGCCUGUGUCUUACAUGAAGUUAUCUACGUCAUUGGCGGCCACUGCGGAUACAGAGGAAGCUGCACCUAUGACAAGGUCCAGAGCUACAAUUCAGAUAUCAAUGAAUGGAGCCUCAUCACCUCCAGUCCACAUCCAGAAUAUGGAUUGUGUUCAGUUCCAUUUGAAAAUAAGCUCUAUCUAGUUGGUGGACAAACUACAAUCACAGAAUGCUAUGACCCUGAACAGAAUGAAUGGAGAGAGAUCGCUCCCAUGAUGGAAAGGAGGAUGGAGUGUGGUGCCGUCAUCAUGAAUGGAUGUAUUUAUGUCACUGGGGGGUAUUCCUACUCAAAGGGGACAUAUCUUCAGAGCAUUGAGAAAUAUGAUCCAGAUCUUAAUAAGUGGGAAAUCGUGGGUAAUCUUCCAAGUGCCAUGCGGUCCCACGGGUGUGUUUGUGUGUAUAAUGUUUGAUUAAGUCCAUAGAAAUGACCAAGUAAUCACUGUUUCAGGGUGUAG